CCUCCGUCUCCGUUUCUUCGGCGCUACAUUACCAUAAAAUAGUGCUCACGUUGCCAUAUGCACACCCAAAACCACAAAAAAAAAAAAAAACAUCGGCAACCUUACAGGAAGGUUUUAUCUCAAGUUACAAGUGGGCUGAACUAUCCAAGUAUGGGCGGUGGCAAAAAUGCAAAGAAUGUGGGCUCCCCGAGAGAGCCAUCCUGUCCUGGCACUGAUGGGUUUUUGGCAUGCCCCCUGAACUUUGCUCCCGUAUGUGGUAGCGAUGGCAACACAUACCCAAAUGAGUGUACCCUUUGUGUCCACAGACAAACAAUAAAGAUGGAUGUUUUGAUUGCUCACGAUGAAGCCUGCUGACCUGUUUCACUGCCCAGCAAGUGGAUGCCAGCAGUGAAAAUGUUUCAAUCUUAAUCAUCAUAAUAAAGAAUAUUACAAGUCUACCAACAACAUAAUUA